GAUUACGGACACGUGUGCCGCCAUUUUAUUCUUCUUGGUUGUGCUGGUCAUACUUUAUUGAGUAAAAUUAUGGCUGAGUCCAAAUUUUUCGCCGCGGGAAGUUCGGAAAGCGAGUCCUCUGAUAGUGGAGAUGAACAGCCAGCAGUUUCGAAACCAGCCACUAUUACUACCAAGUGAGUAAAACAUUGAAAGAAGUCGCAAAGAAUUAUAUAUGGAACCUUAGCAACUCGAUUGUACCUGUGAACUUGAAAUUCCAGCCAACUCCCUUUCUUUUAGUCAGAUAACUUAAAAUUCCUGUCAUUUCAGCCUUUUUUCGUUUUCCCUGGCCGAUCGAGACAGCAAGUUUCUCGAUCUAUUGUACAAUAUUUGUUUUAAAAAUAUACAAUUCUGUAACAAAGAGAGGCCACGAUAUCUUCUUACUAGGGCCCUAAAAAACUAUUGGUGGUAAAGCAUUGUUUUAAAAUGUUUUGGCAAUGUUUUCUAAUAUUCAACACAAGGCUGCUUGCAAGCUUUGGACAGGGGUGUCUUGUUACAAACAAUAGUUGGAAUUAAUCACUUAUAUACCUUUUUCAGAUCUUUUAUGUUCAGCGAUGAUGAAGAGGAAACUAAGAGAGUUGUGCGAAGCCAGAAAGAUAAAAGGUUUGUCAACAAUGGUGUUCUCAUAGGAAAUUUUUUAACUACUCCACAUUCUAUAACUGAACAUUUGAUCAUUCCUCUGGGAGUACAGAGUUGGGCUUUUAAUUGCAUUAAUCACAAUCAAUUUAAGUGAUAGCCUGACUCUAUAGCAUGACACAAAUGAUCAAACGUUCAUUUAUUUAUUUAACCAGGAUAAACAAUCACAACAUCUUCAAUAACAUACUUUAUACAUGUAGCUCUUGGUAAAAUACAAUGUUCAUUAAGUGGAAGGCAUUUCUUAGAUAAAAGGAAAACCAUAGCAUUUGUCUCAUGGUUAUAUUUUUUUGUGGUUAGAUUUGUUGUUUCAUGAUUUUUUUUUUACCCUUAAUAAUGUUUUGGUGAGUUCUAAAAUGAAAAAGGAACCAAGGAUAUGCAAGAUGUAAACAUCAGAGAGCAAGGGGCAUUGGGAAAAUUUAAACAUUGUUCAGUUUUAAGCUUUCUUUACCCCUAAACUUCUAGAUAUGAUUACCAAUUAUGAGAAGUUCCCUUGAUAUCAUGCCAAAUUAUUCUACCUUAUUUACAAGAAAAUGUAUAGAAACUAGAAGAGAGAGUUGUAUGUACUUAUGAGAUCUUGAUUGCUAAGGAUUUAAUGCUUUAAUGUGGUAGGUUUGAGGAGCUCACCAACUCUAUUAAACAGCUUAAGAAUCACAAGAAAAUCAAGGAUAUUUCCAAAGUUCUUACUGGUAUGUUUGUUUCAUUUGACACAUGAUUUGCUGCUUAUUGUUAUUGGUUAAUUAUUGUUUAACUCUUAAAACCAGAAACACCUGAAUUAAAGUUUGAAUCGGUUAGUAAAUUUGCCUCAGGAAUUAAAAGGGAGAAACCUCAACAACUCUUGGUAAAAAAGAUUUCAUUUUAGAUGUGUCUUCAUAGACUCUUAGGGCUUACCCUAACCACAGUUUUAUACAAGCAAUGAGCCUCAAGGAUUCUCUCUAAGAGGGUUGAUUUAAUUAUAUAAAUGUCCUUCUACUGUUAGCUUUUAGUCCUCUCAACACUGUUUACAAAAGUAAAGUUCAGAUAAAAAGUUUGGCUAAAUUGAAGAUGGGUUAGAUCACGGCUUUUUUAAACAAGGGGCAUACUUUGGUUAAAUAGCUAGCCCUUGAAUUUCAUAUUGCUGCCUUUUUUCUUUUAGAAUUUGAGAAUCUUGGAAAAGCUUUCUCCAAAGCGAAAGCUGUUGUUGAUAAAGAAGGAAUCCCACAGUUCUAUAUCCGCUCUUUAACCGAGUUGGAAGACUUUGUCAAAGAGGUAAAAAAAUAUAUAUUUGAGGUAGGGUGCGAGAGUUAAUAUAAAUGAAAAGCCAUUAAUUUAAGAUGGUUUUAUUUGUAAGCUGUGCAGAAUCGUGGGUAAAGGUUAUUCACAUUUAGUUUGCUGUUCCAGAUAAAGAGCUUUGAACACAAUUUAGUUGUAGAACUCUGGUAAACAAAUUGUCAGUGCUGUUAAGGUGCAAAUAAUGAGUGAGGUAUUUAAUCUGUUAGCUGUGAACCAAAAGCUAAGCUUAUUCUACAUGUCUUUUAUUAUAUUUAUUUUGUCUCUAGAACUGGGAAGACACAGAGGGCCGCAAGAAGCUUUCCAAAGUCAAUGCUCGAGUAAGUCUUAAUAUUUUUAUGGACAAAAUUCCAUAGAUCUUUCCCAAUUGCUUUUGCGCACUCUGUCAUCACUAUUCAAGUGAGUUGUAUAAAGAUUGUUUUAUUUUUAAUUUUACAUGGUUUUUUAAGUAUCUGAAUAUAAACCUGAUUGUGUAUUGCGUUUGCAGUCUUAAGUUUGUCUUCAGUAAUAUGCACAUAAAUGUACUACAAAACAAAUGUAAGAUACAAUGUAAACAAUGAGAAACACAAUUUAUUCUCUCAGUGUUUUUUGAAGAGCAAAUUGAAGUUGAUCUGAUUUCUCUCUGAAAUGUUUUGCAACCAAUAGGCUUUGGCUACUCUGCGGCAAAAAUUGAGGAAAUACAAUAAAGAUUUUGAAGAGGAUAUUUUGAAAUACAGAGAGGUAUGUUUCCAUGAAAGGUUUUGUUACAAAGUAUUAUUUCCUAGCUCUCUAACAAUGUAAUACAGAGUAAAUUUUGACUACCUAUAAUUGAAAAUUGGCCCAAGAAAAGCCUAUUAAGUUUAUUCUUACCACAACAGAACCCUGUACCCUCUGGUGAAUCCGACCAGGAAGAAUCAGGUAACAUUUUCAACUUUUACUCUAUAUAUGUGUACAUCUAGUAUGGAGUUGAUAAUCUAAAAUGUUGUCUGUUACAUUUAUUUGGUUGAAGGGAUUUCAAUGUACAGGUGGAUCUAAAUGAAGUUAACCUACAUGUAAUAUAAAAUGAUUGUUUUUUUGGGUGGGAGGGGGAUAAUUGUUAAUUUACUCAAACAAUGAACCAGAAAUAGAGCAAGAAAUAUCCAGUUAGUGAAAGUCUGUUUCUGUUUUUUAGGUUCAGAAGAUGACGAUGACGAUGAUGAUGAUGAUCGUAAUGACUUCCGUGGGACAGAAGAUUUUACCAAAAAGAAAGUUUUAGUGGAAAAGAGCAAGCCUCCAAAGACAACAGAUGUAAAAUGUUUUAGUUAUACUUGGUUAUUGAUUAUAAAUUUACCUUUAUAUGAAUUCGUAGAGCUUUGCCUCCCUACUUUCCAAGUUCUGGUGGUUUUUCAUCCUUUUAACCUGAGCUAGUGAGCUUUUAAGAAUGGAUGAAACUAGGUGACACUUCCUUAGCUGUUGUGAAGGUUACAUGUUCUUACAAGUAUGAUCAUUCCCAUUAACUUAAAUAUUACCAUUGAUUUAUUUUAGCUGGAAGUGUUGGAGGUUUAAAAAUAAUUGGUGCAACAAAGCAAUUACAUUUGGAAUUCUAGAGAUAUUAAACUUCUCCUCAAAAUCGAUUUGAUCUCACUGAAUUUUUCAGGUGACCUUCAUAUUUAAAAAGAGGUGUUUUUAUUUAUUUUUAGCCUUUUUUUGAUUGUAAGAAAGUAUUGAUUGUUUUUGCUGUUAGGCUGGAUAUGAUGAAAAUGAUGAUGAUGAUGACAGCAUUGAUUGGGAUAGCAGUGAAGAUGAGUCAUCUUCAAGUGACAGUGAUAUUGGUGGAGAGGGAGGCCCAAUGCAAUACAGACUCAGCAUGUUUCUGAAGAAGUAAGUACAUUCUUAGUGUUUCCACUGUUUAUUAAAUCUUAUUAUGGAAGAGUUUUUACCAGCCUGUGUUUCUUUAUAAAAGCAAAGUUUAUGGAAGUGAAUAGACAGGCAUGUAUGAAGCUGGCAGGCCUUUUAGUAAGACAAGUGCAAUUUCUAAGUAUUUCUUCUUAAAAUCUAGUAGGGAGCAACCUUCGCAUAUUGGAAAAUUGAGGAGUUGGUAAAUGUAAGUUAUAUAGCAUACAUGUAGACCCUGGUAGAGUACUACUUUGCCUGUCAGGGGGGAAAUAAGUAUGCAACAGAAAUGAAGGACACGUUAUUUGUCAGCACUGAGAAAAAUUUAUCUUAGUGCUGACUUCUGUUACUUUAGUGUUUCUUACAAGUCAAUCUCUUCUCACAGAUGUAGUUGUUUACCAUAAUUGCACCCUAGGAAGAGGUGUGAGCUUAAGUAGAAUUCAGGAGAUGGUACAAGUGUGUGGAAAUUUGACGAAAACUCUGACCUGUUUUCCCUCCUUUACUGCACAGAGAUAAGGGCCCAGAUGAAAAAGGAAAACACAAGAAGAAAACUAAAGAGAAAAAGACAACUAAGUUGAAGUCUAAAGAAGGUAUAGAUGAUGGUGGAGGUUGGACUGAAGUGAAAGGAUCAUCUUUGUCAGCUUCGGUAAGUGGUCAGGAGUACAGAUGUGUACCAACCAUGUGUUUUACCUCAGUGUGUCAUCCUGCUAAAGAUCUUGUAGCAAGACUAGCAGUCACUUCAUAGUAUAUAUGUUUAUUGGGAUAAGGAUAGCACAUAGGAGAUGUGGUCCAACCAGGCUAUGUAACUUCCUUACAUUGUGAAUGAUUUAUAUGAUUUUCAGUACCUGAUGAUUUUUGUUUUUUUCCUUGUCAGGACAAGGCAAAGCAACUAUUUCCAAAGGACACUGAAAUCACUCAUGCUGUGGUGUUGAAGAAGUUGCAUGAGAUACUUUCUGCUCGAGGCAAAAAGGUGACCAGCACUGUGAUAAUCCUGAAUCCUAACAAGUUUCUUUUGUUGAUUAAAAAAUUGUCCAUUUUAAAAUUUUUAGUAGUUGUCAUAAUAGUAAUACAGUAAUUGUUAUAACAUACAUAUCACACAGGUGAAUAGUGAAUAGUUUAUGCUGUUGUUUUUGUAGGGCACAGACCGUACAGAUCAGAUUGAAUUCCUCAAACAGUUGAGAGUGAUUUCAGACAAUGCUAAAUUAGGUGGGUGUAUUUUUGUUCUGAUGUUGCCAGAUUUUAUCAAGGUUAAUAUGGUGGAAAAGCAUAGAGAGCAGCUAAUUUAGUGUAUAAAACUUUUUGGAGUCUGUACCCUGUAGGUGUCACACAUGGUAAACAGAUGCUUUCAUUUAUGGUCAUUAAUGUGAUGUUGUGGUAAUUAUAAGUGUAUGAUACAAAGCAUUAGGAAUAGUAUCUCCAGUCUGGAUCCGCACAUUUCACAUCUUGAAAACCACUUAUGUUUUCCAUGUAGGUGCUGGUAUGACAGUGAAGCUCCUUUUUAACAUCGUCUCUUCCAUCUUUGACUACAAUCCUAAUGUGGCUACCUGUAUGAAACCAGAGAUGUGGCAGGAGUGAGUGAAAACAAUUACUUUUUUUGCGUUUUGAAUCUGAGUAUUGUAUGUAUGAGGAACCAUUUGUGCAAGAGAUACAGCACAUAGGGCUAAGAUUAAAAUUUGGUUGUCAUUGCGUGCGGCAAAGUGUAGGUGACAAUACACCAAGCGCUAGUUCAGCUAACUACCGGUAAUUUUAAUUUAUUGGUUCCAAUAGUGCAGUGAAAGAAUUUUCAGCUUUAGGAAGAAAUGUUACUCAAUUGCACAGGUCUUCAGUCUACCUAAUCUGCAAAACAUCUUGACUUAAGUCAUCUGCAGAAAAGUAUUUGGAUAUUAUUUUGAAUGCUUGAUAAAGAAGAGUCGUGCCUUUCAGGGGUCGCAAUAAAAGCCAUUUACUUGUGGUAUACUACUGCCUAAAAGACUUCUUACUUCCUCCUUUUUGCCUAAAGCAGUCUCUCAUGUUUGGGUUUCAUGUGGGAUUUCAUACAAAUGAGUUGCAAGUGGUGGGGAGGUCUUGAAAUGAGAACCUCCCUGCAAGCCAUUCAUUUUUGAAUUUCCUGCAUUUAUCUGAAAAUGCAGCUUUCUGAUUGAUCAGGAAUGACAGAAAAAUUACAGAAGUGACAACAAAAAUUAUCAUUAACAGCAUUCUUUUUGAGUCCCAAAAUGCUGGAAAUAAUAACUACUUCUGAGCUUCUAGAUUUCAAAUGGUUAAUUGGGGGAGCAUGCCCCCAGACCUCCUUUUAUGAAAGGAGGGGGGGGAGUUUACAGCCCCUUUUCUGGGUAUAACACUGUCUGCAGUUGCUUAUGGAUAAAGGUACUGAAACUCUUGCCUUGUACAACUAGGAAAUAAAAGAAGUCAUGCUCUAUUGCCAUCAGGCAAUGCUGUAAUAUGAUAUACCUGUAAUUGUAUACAUGUAGAUGUCAAAUUGUGACUCAAAGAAGAGAGUAUUUCCUAACCUCAGAACCAUUGCUUUAAAAGGUGUUUGAAGCAGAUUUCAGAAUUGUUAGAUAUCCUUAUCAACAAUCAAGAUACAUUAACAGUUGGAGAGAACCUCUCUGAAGAAUCAGAGAAUGUAGAGGUAAGAUUGGUCUCUAAUAAUGAUAAUGAGGAGAGUAAUGUUGUUGAUGAUGACAAUGAUGAUGAUGAUUUGGGUAAUGAUUACUGGUUUGUGGCAGUUAACAUGUAAAGUCGGUUAGCUAAGACUGCUCUCUUGGUAGCAUGUAGGAUUUAGAAUGAUAUCAAUAUUAACUCAUAGCUUCACUUCAUUUUGGAGCUUGUACAUACUACGAAGUUAUACUUAUGCAUUUGAAUGAAACCAUUUAGCAUUAAAUCAAUUUAAUAAUGUAACAGUUAAUAAACUAAAUUUGUUGAUUAAUAUUGAUCAACAUGCUCUCAGAAACUCAGCAAAUCUUUACAGAUUUACCUAACCGUUACUUUGGUUGCUAUACUUUGUUCUUGGCCAAGACAAUUUAGCUUCACAUUUUGAAAGGUUUAUAGUGAUUGUGGGUAUGAUAACCUGUUGGGGGAACAUGAUGUCUUCAAACUGCAUGUGAUAAGUUUACAUUUCUUACAGAGGGAGGAGAAACACAUCUUGUCAGCUUACCCUUAUGUCACAUUUAUUAUGUUGAUAUACAACAUGUCAGCAUGAAAAGAACUUAUAAAGUUUUAUUACUACUACUUGUCUAAACUUGCCUUUUGCAAUAAUAAUCAGGAUUUGACUCAAAACCUUAAAGUGCAAGGCUGUCCUCUGGUCACUAUUGAACGUAUGGAUGAUGAGUUCACAAAGAUGCUUCAAGGGUGUGAUUGUCACUCCACUGAAUAUGUAGCAAGGUAACGAAUUUUGUGUCUAUUUUUGUCUUUUGGAUUAUCCAUGCAUGAUUUCUGUCCUCUCCUCUGUAAUCAAAUGUUUAGUCAUCCAAGGCAUGUUUGCCAUAUUUUAUGUAGGCCACAUUAUAUUUUGAAGUAAAUGCAAGAUAAGUUGUCUUUACCUCAGAUUGUAUUGCGACAGAUUUGUUUUCUUGUUUCAUUUAAAUACAGAAUCAUUUAACAAUAGAAAUUGCAAUAAAAUACUUAAAAGUAUAAUAAAUUUUAGAAAGCUGAAAAAAACUAAUCAAUCAAGUUUCAAUGUUAAUGUAAUGUCAUUAUCAAGUCAAAAAAUGAAACAACAACAGGUACUAGUAAAAUAUUUUAAAAUAAGUAAAUAACAAAGCUAAACAAAAGGUUUCGCACAUGUGCAGUCUGCUUUGGUUUGAGUUUUAAGAAGGGCAAGUAGACUCCAUUCAUGUUUUUGUGAUGUCUCCUAUGAUUAAUUUGUGGUAUUUUAGACUUAGAGAUGAAGAAGUAGUGUGUGAGUUGAUCACCAAGUUACAAGGUUAUCUGGAGGUGAAUGGCUCAAGACCAGAGAUCUGCAGAGUGUACUUACGACACAUUGAACAUCUUUACUAUAAGGUUUGUGUUGGAUUAUUGUGUACUUGGUGAUCAAACAGAAGGGAUGGAUGAGAAAGUAUUUGGCUUACCACACUUCCUUUGUUCUUGAUAACCAGGAGCCAAAUAUUUGCCCAUCUGGCCAAACCUUACUCAGUCAAUAGCCAUUUUAUCAUAUGACCUCAGUCUGCUCUUCCUCUUUCUUCCUUUCUUCUUCUCCCUUUCUUCUUCUGCAAUAAGAAUGUCAUUGUCACUCAACUGCUACUUUGUGACUUUUAUGUUGUUGCCAUUUGAUCUGUCACUGUAUGGAUUUUCAGCAAUAUAGAACCUAUGUAUAAAUUCUUCGUUUUGUGGACAGUUGUGGUAGUUUCACAUAUUGUGAUGGACAACGUUAAUCUUUUCACUGUGACUCAGACAAAUUCUGCCUUCCAAUAUCAAUACAAUAUCAAGCAGACAUGAGUUGAGAAUAUAUAAAAAUUUAAUUUUGAUCCAACAUCAAAUUCUCAAAACUAACUUUAUCAAAAUUUAAUGGCAGACAGUAAGGAGAAUUACUAUUGAAAUCUUGGGGGUGAAAUGGCUAACUAUAUUAAAAUUGUCCUAGGUUAAGUCUGAGCAGAAGAGUGAAGAUGUAAACAAGAAUACUGGUUAGUAUAUUUUGUAUAGAUUCUAACUUGAACAUACUAAUUUCUUCAAAAAUUGCACCUUAAACCUUAAAAUACUUCAAUAUGACAGGAACUACAUCAUAUUGCUUCAAGGUUUUACAGAGACCAGGGAAUCACAUAGAAAAAAUUUUAGGCCCACUCAGUGGUGUAUUAUGCACCAUCUUGCAAAUCUCACAUAGGUACAAACUAUCAAAGUAAGAAAUGAUGUUCAAUCAUACUAUAUGAAGGACAAAAACAUGCUGGCACAAAAUGGGAAAAAUUACAAGAAAAUAUUUCCCAACUUUGUUUUUCAGAGGUGGAGACUUCCACAGAUGAGAAAACAGAAACACCCAUAGAAAAACCAAAGACUGAGGAAGCAAGCUCAAAAGUAUCGAUUGAUGACAUGUGCAAGUUCAUCUAUUCACGAGAUACAUCAGACCGCAUCCGAACCAGAGCAAUGCUCUGUCAUGUGUAUCAUCAUGCCUUAAAUGAUCGUUGGUUUGAGGCUCGUGAUCUGAUGCUGAUGUCGCAUUUACAAGAGUCCAUCCAACAUUCUGACAUUCCCACACAGGUUUGUUGGUGCUGUUUUUUAUUUGUUUGCUUGUUUUUUGUUUUGUUUGUUUUUCUUUUAUAUAAGCUUGAAAUUUUUCUCUGUGUUAAGAAUUAAGGAUAUGAAUUUAAUCCAGGUAACAAGUAAAAAACUAAAUUUGAUAUUUAAAUAAAUGAUCCAUGAAUGGACUACACUGGGUGCACUUGACUCAGAUCAAAUUGUUCGCCUUGUGAUGGUCCAAUUGUGGUGUAGGAAAUGUUUGGUGAUUCUCGAAUGUGACUUCCUACUGAAAAUCUUGUAAGGGUGACAUUUCUCAGAACAGUAAUGACCACAUGUUACUGAUGAGCUUAGUAAUGGUUUUUCAUGGUUACUAAGUCCAACUUAAUUGUGUGGUAGAUGGAGCAGUAGAUUUCAUACAUGGCACUGGUGUAAUCUUGUGUUUAGAUUGCCUUGGUGCCAUGCUAUUGCAUGUUUCAUGAGAGUUGGCUGCUGACUCUUAUUUUGUUAGCAGCCUUAGUAGCGAAACAUACAAAGUAAUGUUUACACCCUGCAUUUGUAUUUCUGGUACAUGCCUGAAACUGGCCAUUACAAAAGUAAAGGGGGCAAGUUUCUUAAAAAAAAAAACUCUAGUGCUGCAUUGGUAGGGGUUUUUACCAGAUAUAUUGGUUGUUAGCCCUUUGCUCUGACAAAGAGAUAAUGCUCAAAACAUCAGCUUUCAAAACUAUUUACACUAGAGAAGUUAAAUGAUUUUUCCCGUAGUUAAGUCAGUUGGUGGAUCAAUUUUAAAAUCAUUCAAUACAUAUUGUAAGUUGCAUACUAAUGUAUAGUUACAAAUUACAUGGCCUUGUCUGAGGCAAGUUGUCAAGAACGCAAAGUUAUGUUUCAGUUUUCCCUUUGUGGCCUUUCAGAUUCUUUACAACAGAACCAUGGUACAGCUUGGCCUGUGUGCUUUUAGGCAUGGUAUGAUUAAAGAUGCACACAAUGCAUUGCAUGAUGUACAGUCAAGUGGAAGAGCCAAGGAACUUCUUGCCCAAGUAUGAAAAUUAUAGCACAUUUUGACCCGUGUGUUGUUUUUGUUAAUCUGUAAGUACAUAUUUUUCCUAUGUAACAUUUUCCUCUUUUUAGGGACUAAUGCAACAGAGACAGUUUGAAAGAACCCCUGAACAGGAAAAGAUUGAGAAGAGAAGACAGGUAUUGCGCUUUUUUCCAAAUUUUUUACUAUAGUUGGUUAAUUGUAUGUAGGGAAAAUGCGCAAACCCCUUUAGCAGUACCCAGAGGAUAAAAGAAUGUUUGGUAACCUUUGUGUUGAUUUAAACAAUUUUCCUAACCCUCAAAUUACAUUUCAGACUGCACUAGAUCUAAGUUUUAGCAUAUUUUAGAUUGUUUUAUCUGUCUGAAGUUACCUGUAGCAGCAAGCAUGUGCAUACACUUUUCAUUUUUCAACUUGACUAUCACUGACCUGGAGUGCACAGAUUUUGUGGGAGAUGUUUGGUUCUGGUUUUCAUUCUCAUCAUGGAAAGUUCAUGUUAUAGAAAACUUCAUGUUUAAAAUGAGACCAUUUGUUUUUUUGUCCUUAAUGAUUAAUGAAUUAAUUUUGCAUUUUGGUUAACUAAGAUGCUAACUUUUCUGAACAUUAGGUGCCAUUUCACAUGCACAUCAAUCUUGAGCUGUUGGAGUGUGUUUAUUUAACCUCAGCAAUGUUGAUGGAAAUACCAUGGAUGGCUGGUAUGGUCAUGUAUUUCAAUUGGUAUUUAAAAAGGGUGUUAUUUGGGGAAACUCGGAAGGCUUGGCUUGGCUUUUUUAUUUAUUCCUUUCCUAUUUUUCAAGGUUUAAUGAAUAGUCAGUUAGUAUAGGGCUGUCAAGUUAUGUUGUUCUCUUUGGUUCAUUGUGUAUGUUAGAGUUGUGCAUAAGAUUUUUGUUAGGUGCAAAUGGGGUUGAGAUCUUCAUAGAGGAGUCUAUCCCAUUCUAGAAAAGAAAGACUGGCUUUCAAAAAUCAUUCAUUUAAGUUCAUCAUCAUUAUCAUUUGAUUUGCCUUUUUAAAAAUAAUGAUAAAUAAAUUUAUGAGGGGACCUCAAGAAACUAGCGGGAUGUUACAUCAGCACAAAGCAAUUAAUAUACUAUUGAUCCUUUUUUUCUCCUCAAUUUUAGCUCAUGCAUAUGAUUACAGGCCCCGCAUUUUUAGCAAGAGCUUUCACUAUCAGUUACGCCAGAGUGAAAAGCAAACAUUAGUAGGUUAGUACCAUGUUCCACCUGUCAUUUUGUGUUUUAAGUCCCUUUUUUUAACUAAGAGAGAAGCUACAUUGUGGAUGACCAAUCAAGCAGACAUUGGUAAUAUUUUUGCAUUUAAUGGUAGGUCCCCCAGAGAGCAUGCGGGAACAUGUUGUGGCUGCUUCCAAAGCAAUGAAGAAAGGAGAUUGGAGGCAGUGUAGGGACUACAUUCUAGCUGUUAAGGUAAAAUUGUUGCUUAAGAUAAAACAUAAUUGUCUUAUUCAAAAUGUAAAUGACAAGAUAUGUCGAAUUUUACAAUGUCAAUAGAAAGGAUGAAUAAUGACUGUGUGCUAAAUGAAUAGAUUGCUUGUAUUAGAUUGAGUUAACUCAGGUGGAUAAAUACCAUUAAUGAAAAUAAAUUCUUUUAAUACAACAUUUUCAUCUCAAUCAUUCAUUCCUCCUGGAUGCGAUGACUUGUUUGUUGUUAUUUUUGUUGUUAAUUGAAUACAAUAUACCUGACUUUCUUGGAGGCCAGAUUAGGCUCUGGGAACAAAGGCUUAUGACGGUGAUGUACUAUACACAAAAUUGAGUUCUCUUUGUAUGUGAUAGGUAUGGAAGCUAUUCCGCCAGCCAGAACAAGUACAAGAAAUGUUAUCAAGGUAUAUGAAGACACCAUCAUAAUUUGCCUCUACAGAUGGUUGAAACUUUUUUCAAAAUUCAGCCAAUGCUAUUACUCCCAAGAUCUCAUAAGUAAUCCUCAUUACUGUCUGAUGUACAAUUCUUAUAAUGUUAGUUUGGAAAGGUUGGUAUUGAAUCAACUAAUAGUACCAUGAUGUAUAUUUUUCUUUAUUCUGGUCUCUUGUCUGCUUGAUAUUGUGUUGAUAUUGUGAGGAUAAGUUCUGUCUUGGUCACUCUUGGGAGUGAAAGGGUUUAAAACACCUGAAAUGUUAGCUUUUCGAAACUGACUUUAGCUAGUUAUCUACCUAUAGGAAUUGUAAGGUGAUGAUUUUUAACCAUUCUCUCUGUGUUGUUUCAGGAAAAUUCAAGAGGAAAGCCUAAGAACAUAUUUGUUUACCUACAACAGUGUGUAUGACUCACUGAGGUAAGUGGCAAUGUACUGUAGAUUUAUGAAUUGGAGUGAAAACUUUUCAACAAUCUUUACUUGUUGCCCUUUGAAUUUUAUAGGUGAUGGUUAAAAAUGAGAUGGGAUUAUGACAACUUGCUUAACUUUGCCAUGUCCCCCACUAGUUUUAAUAGUUUUGUUGUAGUUCUCACAAUACCAUUAUAUAGUACUUGUACUUGUAAGCACAUGCAUCAAAACUUUGAACAGUAGUUUAAAUAACCAUUGGGGAUCAUGAUUGGUUCACAAAGGAAUGUGUUCAGAAAUUUUUUAAUUUUGUUGAGAGGCUGUUAUGAACUUAUGUAAAACAGAUCAAUUAAUUUUAUGGGGGAAAAUAAGAGAAGAUAAUUUGUUUUUCUUGUCUGUAGUCUGCACUUAUUAGCUGAGAUGUUUGAUUUGCCUCCAUCUGUGGUGCACAGUACCAUCAGUAAAAUGAUAAUCAACGAAGAGUUGCAGGUUGGUUAUGCUGUGUUGCUUAUGCUGUAUUAUGUUGUGUUGGUUAAGCUGUGGAAGUUGUGUUGUGAUGGUUAUGUUGUGUGUUUUCAAAGGGUAUUGCCAGGUUAAAAUAUACCUACUAGUGGACUGAACUUACUGUGUUAAACUGCUGAGCAAGUAUAUGGUUAAUUUUUAUUGCUGCAUUGAACUUACCGUGUUAAACUGCUGAGCAAGUAUAUGGUUAUUUUUUAUUACACAGGCCUCUUGGGAUGAACCAACUCAGACAGUUGUAAUGCACCGAGGAGCAGAACCUUCCCUUCUCCAGAACCUUGCCCUACAGUUGGCAGAUAAGGUAAUCUUUUUUGGUUAAGUAGCUUGUGUUCCACUCAAACCCAAUGAAAUAGUUUUUAUUGAAUCUACAUUCAUCAACCGUUGAUUCCAAAAAUACCGGAUCCAGUAGCAGUGCUGGGUAUUUGUUCUGAGAGAGUGUUCAGUCAAUCAAGGCGAAGAACUCUACGUGUAUGGUGCGUCAUGCAAUAUAUUUACCUCCAUAUACGAUGUGGCAUUGUUAAACUGUCAAAGUGGUGAUAUGGACAGCAGCACAUUGUGAAGACCUGGCUACAUUUCAACCACUAUAGUUGUGAUUAUCUCUCUCCUAUAAAAAUCUAUAUUUCAUUGUUUAAAUGUAUCUUGUUCACAAAUUAUCUUUUAUAUUUUCAUAUUUCAUGGGUAUGUUGCAAACUCAGAUAAUGACCAGCUCCUAGCUGGCUUGGAAGCUCAGGUGCUUAGAGGCUGUGUCGUUUGCAUUUCAGGUCAGCAAUUUGGUGGAAAAUAACGAACGUAUUUACGACACAAGGCAUGGAGGAUUUGUUCAGUUCAAGGAUAGGCAAGGUAAGACCUGAUUAUUUGUCUUCGUUGGGUACACAUCUUUUCUAUGCCUAUUGUUCGUUAGAGGUGUCUUUUGCACAAACACUUCUCAGUUCAUGAUGAAUUACUGGUACAAUUUUGUCUCGUGUAACAAAAAUAAUAAUAAGGUAUUAACCUUGUACAGUAGCUUGUUCCACAGGUUAAGCCAUUUCCUAUGGUACUGACAAAGAGAGUUUCUUUGACAAUCAAGAGGUUCUGUAAUUUGCUUGCAUUUCCUUUGUUCUCAUAACCUUAUAUAUAAUAAAGGGUUGAUACAGGAAAGAUAAAUUAGAUGCUAGUCACUCCUAGUGUGAAUGGAUCGACAUGAUAGAAGGGUGGAACUCAUCGGGAAUUUUCGACUGAUUAGAGAUUUGUUACAGCACUUCUGGAAAUUCUUCCAUUCGACUUUUUUAUCACUGCCUAAAAAAUCUUGUUUGGGUCAUUUCAGGUCAAGGACGCUAUCGUAGACAGAAUCAGCAGCAUUAUGAUCGUCAAGACAGGUCUGAUAAACAAGACAGACAGGAUCGGCACAAUUGGCAAGAAAGACAUGGGCGCCAGUAUGACCGGGAUAGAUCUUACCAGCAGCAACAGGCACAAACAACUUACUGAUACUUCAAUUAUCUGCAUCAUUUUAUCAAAUAUGGCAUUGGCAAUUGUUUUGUCUUGUCUGUAGUUCAAGGAGGUAUUUUAAAUCUUGAUAAAAGAUGUAAGAAGGAACACUUAAGAACUCGGUACUAAUGUGAAAUUAUGUAGGCUACACAACGAUUUGAUUGGUGUAGCCGCUGGAAGCAAACGUUAAGAAAACGUGUCAGGAAACCUCAUAGAAGUGAUUAAAAAUUAAAGUAUGAGAGAGAGUGC